CACCUUAUUGGCUUCUUUUUUUAAGGUUGCUGCUCGAUACAAGUGUUCGAGUUCCAAGGCAGCGGGGUGCAGCUAGACAGCCACUUGCUACAUGCAAAUGAGUUGUCAUUUACGCCUCUGGACUUUCUGUCCUUCUGCGUGAGGCUGAGGUUCUACUUCCUGUGGGAGGUGUCUGGCUUCUUACAAGUCUCCGACAACUCGACGGGUCAAAUGAUGCACACCAUACAGGCAGAAGUGAAUUUGAAUUAUAUUCGAGUCACACUGUCCAAGUUGCGUCGUUACCACUUUUUGAAGCAGCAACUGAGGGCACUCACCUGGCACCAUGUCUGUGUUACCUAUGGUGAUGGUGUCACCAUAUCUUACUUGGAUGGCCUGGAACAGGAUCGUCGCCAGGGGUUUCUUGGAGAAUCAGUCACUGGAACUCACAUAAAAAUUGGUUCCUGGGAUGCUUACAACAGCUUCAGUGGUCAGCUCUCCCAAGCCAAUAUAUGGAGUCGAGUCCUGACAGCUGACGAAGUGGCUGCACUGGCUGACUGUACUAUGGAAGAGGAAGGAGAUAUAUUGCCUUGGAAGGGCCCUUGGACAGUUAAUGGAGACAUAUCACCAUCUCAAGUAUCCUUAGAUGAUCUCUGUAAGGGAGCCUCAGGUACAGAGUACUUUGUCUUCAAUGAUUUUACAGCCCAUUCUGCCUUCCAAGUGUGUCAAGGUCUCGGUGGAUUUGUACCAACUCCUCAACUUCCUGAAGAAUACAACACCAUAAUAAGAACUAUAACUGAGCAUCAUACAAAAAUAAGCAGUUUGUGUAAGUCCUUCUGGGUGGGAAUCUCAGAUGAAAAGGAAGAGGGAGUUUGGAUAGAUAUCCAACAUCAGUCACAACUUCACCCCUCGUGGUCCGUGGCUGAACCUGAUGGGGACAAGCUUGAGAACUGUGCAAUAGCAGAAGGUCCUCAACAGUUUGCUGAUACACGUUGUGAUGAGUUAAAGUGUGUAGUGUGUGCUGUUCCUCGACGUCCAGUGUGGAAACUUCUUGGUGCUUGUGAGAGGUACCAACGCAAUGUGCAUUUCGUGGCUCUUCAGGAUAACUCAAGCAAUCUAAUUUUUCAAGGUUACUCUGAUUUUCGAAUAAUACAGAAUGAAGACAAAAGUGAGUGGGUGUGGAAGAAUUGGCACACGGGUCAAACAAUGGCUAGUUUAUCCAAUGCUGUAAAUGAUGUUCCAAUUGGUCGUCAGACAUGGACCCUGACGAAGGCUAUGUGUAGCCAGACUGGUGGAAGUGCACGCCGCCUUUUGUUGACACCUUGUGGCACAGGAUAUUUCUCAUGUGAUGAUGCCUCCUGCAUCCCCCUCUACCAGCGAUGUGACCUCAAAUUUGAUUGUCAUGACAAGAGUGAUGAAAGUGGAUGUCACUUAGUGAAGUUUCCUCCGGUGUAUCGUCCAGAUUUACCUCCAGAAAUUAAUAACAACAACUUUUCACAGCCUCUUCCCAUUGCUCUGUAUAUCAACAUCGAAAGUGCUGACGUAGACACCUCCUCCAUGCACAUGCAUGUCAACUUCAACGUUAGCAUGACGUGGCAGGAGUCAAGGCUCAGCUUUCUUAACCUCAAUGAAGACUAUACGCUAAACAGGUGAAUCACUAAUUUUUUUACUCUCC